UCCAGAGAGGAGGAGGAGGAGGAGGAUGAGCUCCGUCCCCCCAGCGCUCGCCAGGCUCCAUGUCCUGCUCAGCACAGACACCAUCAUCCUCACCGCAUGGGAAUGAAGGAGCAGCCUCUGGGGUGCCAAGUCAGGAAAGGGGGAUUUAAUCUCUGGAGCAAAUGAAGAGACUCUGAAGAGAUUCCUCUUUGCUGUCGACUGUUCGGGGGAGGAUUUUCCAGCAUGCAAGGCGCAGGGGAGGGGAAGGAGGAUGAAGAGCUGGAGGCUCCGGAGGCUCCGUCAGCUGGGAAGAGCCGAGGCACAGCAGCAGCCGGAGGGUGGGCGUGGGGAGUGGUGCUUCACUUCUUCCUGGUCAAUGUGCUCGUGAUGGGGAUGCUGAAGACCUUUGGGAUUUUCUUCGUGGCUUUCCGGGAGGAGAUGGGGGGAUCUUCGGAGCAGGUCAGCUGGAUCGGCUCCAUCAUGUCCUCCCUGCGCUUCCUGGGAGCCCCGCUGGUGGCCGUGGUGUGCCAGCGCCUGGGAGAGCGGCCAACCUCCAUCCUCGGGGCCGGGCUGGUGGCCGGGGGCUGCCUGCUCAGCACUCAGGCCACCAGUGUCCCCUUCCUCUGCUUCUCCAUGGGAUUCCUGCUGGGGAUGGGGUUUGCCUGCCUGUACCAGGCGGCCGCGGUGAUGACGGCCAAGCGCUGCCGGGCUCGCCUGGCCUUCUGCAACGCCCUGGCCCGCUCUGGGAUGGGGCUGACCUUCCUGAUGGCUCCCUUCACUCAGCUCCUCAUCGAGGCCUACGGCUGGCAAGGUACUCUGCUGAUUUUUGGAGGCAUCAUGCUGAACCUGGUGCCUUCCAGCAUGUUGCUGAGGCCAAUCAGCCCCCAGCCCCCUUGGGAAUCUGCCAAAAAUCAACACCGGGGCUCUUCAGUGGCAAAGAAGGAUCCAGGAACUCCUGGUGGAUGUUCAGAUGGAAGCACUCACAGGGAGUUACAGCUUCUCCGUGCACAGGAGGCUCCCAGCACAGAGAAACUCGUGGUGCCCCAUGGCAGAGAUGUCUCUGACCCUGCAAAUCCGUCUGCCUUGGGAAGGCUGCAGAAACCCACCCCGGAGAGCUCCUCCUCAGAAACACCCACCGAGGCCGAGGGAAGGCACAAACCCCUCGCAGCCACCAAAAAGGAACCUUCUCAGCCUCUCCUGGACUUCUCCCCACUGAAGGAUCCCGUUUUCUUCAUUUUCACCUGGUCUUUCCUGUUCAGCCACUUGGCCUAUUUCGUGCCCUUCUUCCACCUGGUGGCGAGAGCCAGGACGCUGGGCAUGAGCAGCAGGGACGGCUCCUACCUCAUCGCCGUGGCUGAAGCAGCAGCACAGGAAUCCAUGUCGAAACACCGGAUUCCCGCGCGGCCCGGAGCCGCCUGGCGCUGCGGCUCAGCAGCUCCUGUUCCCGCAGGCAUCGCGGAGCUGCUGAGCCAGCUGCUCUCGGGCUGGCUGGCCGACCACAGCUGGAGCAAGAAGCAUUUCCACGUCACCUACCUGCUGCUCAGCGGGGUCACCAACCUGCUGGGGCCCCUGGCCACCACCUUCCCUCUGCUGCUCGCCUACACCGUGGCCUUUGCCACCUUCUCUGGAGGCUUCAUGGCGCUGGUGCUGCCCGUGCUGGUGGAUCUGGUGGGUGUGGAAAAGCUCCACAGCUACCUGGGGUUUGCUGCUUUCUUUGCAGGGAUAGCAGCUAUGGGAGGACCCCCUUUAGCAGGGUGGCUCUAUGACUACACCCAGACCUACGUCUGCUCCUUCCUCUUUGCUGGAGCCUGUGCUCUCAUCUCACCUAUCUCCUUCUUCUUCGAGCCCGCAGCCCAAAAAUGGAAGCUAAAAAAAGCCACUUUGAACAAGAGCUAAAGUUUUAAAGGCUGGGCUUUGAUCACAUCUACACUGGGAAAGCCAUUGCCUGUACUGGGAAGGAUCAACAGCAGCAACACUGAAAAUUGGGAUUUUUGGAUGUCAGAUUGAGUUUGGAUUCCUGGAUAUUUGUCCUGAUUAAAGCCUUCUGAGAAAUG